AUGGAUAGUACAUUUUUCGAAAAACUUCCUAAAAUUGAGUUACAUGCUCAUCUAAAUGGAUCACUGAAAAUGGAAUCAAUUCAAGAAUUGGGUAUGCAGCUAUACGGAGAAAACAGUGCAGAUUUCCUAGGGCGGAUACAAGAGUUUACAGCAUUUCCCGAAGAAAUGGAUGCGGAUAAAUUAUCCAAAUGUUUUCAAAAGUUUGCAUUUAUGCAUGAAUUAACCUCAACCAAGAAGGGUCUUCAAUUGGCCACACAUUUGGUGAUACGAGACUUUGCCCGGGAUAAUGUCGUUUAUUUGGAGUUGAGAACAACUCCUAAGCACAAUGAACAUAUGACACGUAAGGAAUAUUUGGAAACCAUAUUGAAUGCAAUAGAAGAGGCCAAAGGGCGUUAUCCCGGAAUAUUAGUUAAGCUAUUGGUAUCCAUUGAUCGUUCUCAGGUUAUUGAGGCUGCAACGGAUAUUGUCAACUUGACGAUGUAUAUGAAGAAAAAUUACCCCAAUAUUAUCAAGGGUAUGGAUUUAAGUGGUAAUCCGGCAAAAGGUAAUUUCAAUGAUUUCAUGCAUCUCUUGGAAAAGGUCAAGGCUUCCGAUUUGAAAUUGGCCUUACAUUGUGCGGAAAUAGAGAAUGAGAAGGAGACCCAGCAGAUGUUAGAUUUCAAUUUUGAAAGAUGUGGUCAUGGCACAUACCUAAGCGUACCACAACAGAUGGAGCAGUGUAAAAGACAACAAAUUACCGUUGAAUGUUGUUUGACAAGCAAUGUCAAAUGUGGAACUGUCAAACACUACGAGGCACAUCAUUUUAAAACACUCCGCGAUAAUGGUAUAAAGACAGUCAUUUGUACCGACGAUUGCGGGGUUUUUGAUAGUACCUUAAGCCAAGAAUUUGCCAUAGCAGCCAGGGUAUUUUCAUUAGAUAAAAAUGAUAUCUGUGAUUUGUGUAUAAAUGCCAUAGAUGCUGCCUUCUGUGAUAACACUGAGAAGCUAGAUUUACGUCAACAAAUUGACCGAUUUUUUGCGAAAAAUAAAUAA